AUAGGGUUCAUGGCGGAUGUGACCAGUCGAUACGGGAUGCUUACUCCUCCUAGGCACCUGAUCCCACAUCUGGAGCGACCAGGAGUCCGUGUUUACUCAACUAUCUAUUAUGUACUGCUUAUAGGUGUUAUGGGAUUGAUUGCUAUUAGUUAUUUUCAUCUUUCAAUGAACCAGAUACUUUUCUUUGUUUUCUGUUUUUCAUCAUCAACUCGAAUCUGCUCCUGGCCGGUAUGGGCUUUUCGUUGUCCAAACGUCAGGGUGACCUUGUAUUGACGUGGUCGUGGGUGCUGCCGUCGCACCCCAACUUGAAUGGAAGAUUGCAACUAUUGUGGAAUGAUAUUGCAUUGACAUUGAACUUUUUAUUUGAUGUAUCUCACUAUAUUAUACCGCCUUACCAACAAUGAGCUUGUACCGUAUAUUGUACAUAAUUAAUGUGCACCUAACAAUGUGUUUGAAAUAUUAUGUUGUAUUCCCACAACUUUUGAUAUGUUUGACAUGUUGAGUUGGAUAUCCGACUUGUUGGGAUUAGCUAUUGUACAAAUUUCAUGAUUCUAUUUUCGUGAUGAUUUGAUGUUCCCAUGACGCUCAUGCAUUUGCCAUUACUUAUUGCACAAUGAACCUAGAAAAUGGUCGUCACAUCUUGCUUGGUGAAUUGUUGUUUUGCGAUGAAGCAGCCCAUUUUGCAUUGGUAGCCUCCAAUCAUCGCGUCCAGGAGUGCCAUACAAAGAUUAAACAUCCUGAGAAUUACGUACACUGUGCUUAUUUAUCGGGCACCUUGGAAAAUUACGAAAUAAUGACAACAAUUUAAAUACCAUUUAUACUGAAGACGCAGAACGAACUUGAACAGUCACAAAAACUUAUUCAUACAAAACAGAGCUUGUUAAUUUUGGAAGAAAAAAACAUGGGUAUGGAGAUGAAGAAUAUCCGAUGGUUUUCGGUUAUGAAAAUCCUUUUCUUAAUCAGUAUUUAUAUUUCAGAUUUGAUUCCAGUUAAGUGUGCUAGUUACUGCUACUACACCUACAGUUCCUAUUAUGGAUAUGUACGAUACUACUGUUACUACUACUACUACUACUACUACUAUUACUCCUAUUACAGUUACUAUAGUAGUGGUAAUAAUGCAGGGAUUAUUGCCGGGAUUGUUGUCGGCAGUGUUGUGGGCUUUAUCAUUUUCGUAUCCAUUGUGACAAUUGUCUGCGUUAAAGUCUGUAAAAAGACAAACCAUGGUCGAGUGAUCGUACAGCCAGCGCACCCAACUGUCUCCUACAUCAAUACAACGCAACAUGCUCCUGGGGGAUAUAUGGGAUAUCAGCCGCCCCCCAAUCCCACCUAUCCACCCGCGUACCAAGGAAACCCUCAAGCAUCCACUCUUACUACACCAAUGUAAAAUAAAACCUUCUAAGAAGAAGUCUGAAUGUUAUGCUGUGAAAAUAAAUCUGACACACGAA